AUGAAGUUUGCCUCAGCUGUUCUUUUGGCCCUCAGUGCUGUUUCUACUGCACUCGCGGCUUCAUUCACCAACCCUUUGAGAGCCAAAGAUGGAUCCGACCCUUUCAUCGUGUACUCUGGCGAUGGAUACUACUACCUCUUGACAACUGAAUGGACCAACAUUCAAGUCACAAGAUCCAAAACUCUUGGUGGUCUCAAGACUGGCGAGACGAAGGUUGUUUGGCAAGACAGCACUGCCUCUCGUUGUUGCAACGUCUGGGCACCCGAGGUACACUGGAUUAACAACGCGUGGUACAUAUACUACAGCGCUUCGAACAAGGAUGAUCUCGGUACCCAGCGCAUCCAUGUGCUUAAGGGCGGAUCUGCCAUCUUUGAUACAUACGCGUACGCUGGCCAACUCUUCAACGAAUGGAGCAUCGAUGGUACCGUUCUUCGCUUCUCUGAUAAGAACUACUUUGUCUACUCCUGCCAGCGCACCAACCUCCAAUCACUCUGCAUUGCUCCAAUGAACUCACCAACCUCCGUCGGAACCCCAAAGACCUUGUCACAACCCACUCUUGCAUGGGAGAAGAUUGGCGAGUUCCCUGUCAACGAAGGGCCUGCUGCGCUCUAUCAUGGGGGAAAGACGUUCUUGACAUACUCGGCAAGUUACUGCUGGACUAGCUCUUACCAGCUCGGUCUUUUGACCUACAAGGGUAGUGGAGACCCCACUUUGUCAGCAAGCUGGACCAAAAGUGGUCCUGUAUUCAGCUCUGCCAACGGAAACUAUGGUACCGGACACAACGGAUUCUUCAACAGCCCCGAUGGAAAAGAGGUGUGGAACGUCUACCACGCUACUGCCAACUCUGCUGGUGCAUGUGAUGGAAACAGAUAUACUGAAGCUCAAAGGGUCGACUGGAACUCUGAUGGAAGCCCCAACUUCGGCAAGGCUGUCAAGCUCGGCACCACUCUCAAUGGCCCCUCUGGCGAGUAGGCGUGCAGAAAACAGAGCUAGAGAAGUUCUCCUGUAGAUGUUGAACUUCUGAAGGCGAAAUAGACGGACCAUGAACAGAGAAGAAGAUGAAACACAUGGUGUU